AUAUAAAUUCUGCAUUAAGUUAAAAAAGAGUUGGCAGCAUUGGGUCAGUUUAGCGGGAGCCGAGGCAGGACCAAGAUCAGAACGAUCAGAACAGAUACAUUUUCGGUGUAAUAUGUCCAAACUUGAGAUUGCUGCCAAUAACUCAAACUGGCCCUCGUCUAGUGGAAGGUCUCUCGAUCCGGAUCUGUUUCCUGCAGUGGACUGUGGAGGGCAUGCCCUUGGCGCCGUUAUUGUUAACUGUGACAAUAACAUUAAUUUGUCUUAUCUUCUAAACAUAAUGGAAAAGCAAAUAGUGAACUGCUCGGUCCCAGCAAACAAAACCAACGAUCGGAACGAAAUCGAACGUAUCCGUCAGGAGUCUUUUUCUAGAUUGAGCAUGAUCAAAUGCUGUACGCUGGAUGAAUUUGAAUUCUCCUUUCUAACUUUAAACGAGCUUUUUGCGGAAAACCCGAUUAAUAGGUACCUGUUGAUCGACUCAGUUGCAGCCUUCUACUGGAGCAAAUGCACCGAAAGCAAAUUAAUUCGAAUGGAUACGUACCUUAAAACUCUAAACAGAAGGUUGAAAAAACUUUGCCAUGAUCGACAUAUUGUAGCUAUCUCUACAAGGCCGCUAUAUUUUGGUGGUAACAGUCGUGAGUCUGCAAUAACAGAAUUCAGUGAUUCUGCUGAGGCUGUGAUGAAGAGCAUGAGCACGUCAAGCAACUUUAAUAUAUCCUUCGAGCAUCGAAUCGAACUUGCUGAAAUUGUAUCUCUGACCCCAACCGAUGAUACUAAGUUCAACGCAUUCGUAACUUCUAAUGGCAAACAAAUGAUAAAAUUCUUUGCGAUAGAUAAAUAUGGAAUAAAUUGGUUAAAUUGAA